UACUUUAUGAAAGCAUUGUAGUGUUUUAGAAUGAAACUCUUAAAAGAUGUACACAAAUACACAUUUUCCAAAAUGCUAUUCUCAAAUGCCACCGCUAUUCAACAAUGAAGCUAUUACAAUCUCCACCUUAUAGCGGGUAAUGUUUUAACGUUUAUUUUUGGUGUCUUGCAUCAGCAGCGGAGCAACAACCGUUUGUGCCAUCCAUAUUGCUUCGAUUGGCUCUGUUUGACUUCACAAGAGAUUGUUACUUAGCAGUCCACUCCUCCACUCCGCACCCUGGACAAGCAAAGCGCAACACAUCCACAAGCUUUUAUGAGAAGAAAGAAACCAGCCCGUAUCCUACUUCUUAUUCUGUGAAAAUAACAGCAUUUAUCAUGGAAAAACUUGAUGCCUUCGUCAAACAGAUUAUUUCUUAGAAUAGGUGAGGCUUGUUGAAGAUGGAAUCCUCGUGCAAGUCUAUUAGAUAUCCUGAUGAGAGACGACUAACAAGUAGAAAGUUUGUUGAGCUCCAUGUGCUGUUUGUACCAAAUGAACAGUGGAACUUAAAACUGAAUAGAGUGCCGAUUGAAGCCAUAAAGAGCUUCAUAUCUGCUGGAUUCAUCAGGGUGUAUCCUGAUAUAUCUCUCAGAACUCUCAGGAGUGAGCUUGGCAUUCUCCUCGGAGCUGAGAGAGAUAUUGACAAGCUUUCCUUUUUAAAAUGUGUGGGCCGAAGCUUGGCAUUGGUCAAAGCCAAACAAGAAAGGGAUUUGAAAGUGAAGUAUUUUGCCCCUCCAUAUGCCCCUCAGCCAGAGCUGUACCUGUUGCCCAGGGUGGAGAGCGACAACACUGUCUGUUCACAGUCCCUCACCCCCAACACCCACUCCACAGACCCCCAGAUUUACUACACUGCCAGAGUGCAAGGAAUGCCAACAGGGACAAAAGAGCCUUUUAAAUUCCCUCAGAUCCCCCAGGGUCUCCAGCCACAGCCCCCUUCCUACCCCAGCCCCGAUGAGGAGGCGAAGGAAGAGGAGAGCUAUUGCUCCACAGAGGAGAACGAGGAGGACCUUCUCUCCUCUCAGCAGUCUGGGUGCGCUGAGGAUGACCUCCUCCUGUGGAAGGCCCAAGCCCAGGGGCCACCCCAGUGUGUCAUAGAGGCUAAAGAAUCAGUUGUGGGGAAGGUGGCACCUGCUAAGAAGAAACAGCAUUUCAAGAGAAACCGAGCCAGCGAUUCGGGGGUUCCAGAGUCACUGGAAGAUCAGGAUUCUGUGUUUUCUCCCACCCCACACAGGAAAUCUAAAGAUGCACAGACACUGAAGUAUAUCAGGAAUAAACAAAAUGAGGUCCCUGAACACCCAGUAACUAUGCCUACACAGUACGCCUCUCCACCCCCCGCCCCAACCCUGGGCACUCGUAAAAUGGCUGCCUCGGUCUUCCUAUCAAGUAGAGAUGAACUGAUAGAGGAAAUUAAGAUGGCAAAAGAGGAGAGAAAGCAACUAGAACAGACAAGACAAGAGUUACUGAGAAAAGGAAAAGACUUGCUGGCCCAGAACAGACAUCGUCGAAAUCAAGCUCGUGAUAGUUGGAAGACGAGUUAUUUUGAUACCAAGAAGGCCACAGCCCCUUUGGAGGUCACAUUGAGAAGUCUUCGUCAAGAGCUGGAGAUAUUCUACAAUAACAUCCUACACCAGCUAAAGGCGAGGGAUGGAGGAGGAAAGCCCAGAUGGCGGGCAAGAUUGUCGAGCACCAAAAAUGAGCUCAUUAUCCAGAUAAUGACAGAGAGCCAUGAGAUUGACAACCUAAGGAGGAAGGUGGAUGAUGCCAAGAUGAGGCUCGUCACAGAGAUCAAGCUCGGGAAGCAGGCUGCCACAGAGCUGAGAGCCUUGAAGGCUGAGCUGGCCCAGAAGAAUACCCAGACAUUUCUCUCUGGCUCCAUGGGCUUUGGAGCAGGAGCAAGGGACAGACCACAGGUUCAAAGCAUCCCUAACUGAGCCACUUCUACCAGUACCACCGUGGCCUUAUUCCAGAAGACAAUGUUUGCUUUUCGCUUAUUCCAAAUUACAUAUUUUAGAAAAGGUCACAUUUAAAUUAUGUCUAUUUGCAAUGCAUAUCAAGUGAAAGCCAUGAUUUCAGUUUACCAAACAACAAUUGUUCGUAUUAAACUGUGGUGUCCCUGUUGCAGCAAGAACAAUCUCUCAUUUGAUAAUUUACCUGUGUUGAUACUACCAUCUUAAAAUCUUAAGUAUGAAAACAAAUAUUUGUACAGUAUCAAAGCAACAGUAUCUGCCAUGACUAAGAGAUUUCGUAACCGUUUCAUGAUGGAAUUUUCUUCAAAGUCACAGCAGUUUUAGGAUUGACUAGGCCGUCAUUGAAAACAAGAAUUUGUUCUUAACUGACUUGCCUAGUUAAAUAAAGUAAAAAUAUUUUUUUUUAAAUCAGUGUUUGUGAGAGUAAAAGAAAAGACAAAUUUGUUGGCGGGAAUUAUUUAUGUUUUUUAUUUAAUCUACUGGCAUAUGCACAUCACAGUAUUUAUUAAGUGCUUAUACGGCAAAGCCAAAUUUGUUUUGUAAGAUUCACAGUGGCACAAUGCUGUGUUUGACAAUCAUCUGUGUUGGCAUGAUUCUUUGUACAAAACAUACCCCCCCCCCUCUUAAAGUGGCUCAUGUUUUUACAAUUGCAAUAAAAAAAACUACUAUGAAA